AAAAAAUAUGCAACAAUAAAAAAAGCCUGAUAUUAACGGAAAACAAUACCAAAUUAAGUCAUAAAUCCACGCGAAGGAGAUCGAGAUCUCGGUCUCGAUAAUUUUUUAAAUUUUUGUUCCUUCUCUACUGAGGAUAUUUAUUUCUAUUGCCCGUCGUUUUGCCCCUUUCUUCUGGGCGGGGCGGCGAGGGUUUGGUGGCCAAGAAGAGGUGGAAGAGUUAGGGUUUCCUUUUGUUCCUCGGCUCGGAGGACGAUUUAUCGUUAUAUCUAUAAAACCCUAGGGCGUCGUCCCCUUCCGGCUCAGUCGAUCGAUCUAUUUCGAGGCGUCUUUCGAAGAUGCAGGAGUGAUUCAAAGAGGGGAGGAAAGACUUGGUGGAAGUCCGACGAAAAGAAGUAUAGAAUAGGUAGUUAGGGUUUGGAAGAAUGGAUGAUAGAGAUUCUUUGAGACUGGACUCGUCCUCGCCUCCGGGGAUGAUGGUGGGUGGCAAUUGCUAUGGAGCUGGAGCACUGAAUAAUUCCAUGGUAGUUCCAAAUUCAGCAGGAAUGAUGCACGGAAUGCGGUUAUCCUUCAAUCCUAUGAGUUCUUCUAUAUCGAAGCCAAUGGAUUCACCUGGCUCUUUGUAUCAUGGUGAUGGUAUGUCUGGCAUUAGACCAAGUGGUGUACUUAACAUGGGUGAGCCGAUGAAGAAGAAGAGAGGAAGGCCAAGAAAAUAUGGACCUGAUGGUAGCAUGGCUUUGGCUUUAAUUCCUAGACCUUGUGCUUCGGGGUAUUCUAAUAGUCCAAUGUCAGAGCCGGCAAAUAAGCGGCGAGGCCGCCCUCCGGGAUCGGGAAAGAAGCAACAACUUGAUGCCUUGGGAUCUUCAGGGAUUGCUUUUACUCCACAUGUUAUCACUGUUAAAGCUGGAGAGGAUGUGGCUUCGAAAAUCAUGGCCUUCUCACAACAAGGUCCUCGAACAGUCUGUAUACUUUCAGCAAAUGGUGCCAUCUGUAAUGUCACACUUCGUCAGCCAGCAACCUCUGGUGGAACAGUGACAUAUGAGGGCCGCUUUGAGAUCAUCUCUCUCUCAGGCUCAUUUCUCCUUACAGAGGAUGGCGGCACUCGUAGCAGAACUGGUGGUUUGAGCGUGGCAUUGGCAGGAUCUGAUGGCCGUGUUCUUGGGGGUGGUGUGGCUGGAAUGUUGAUGGCAGCUACACCUGUGCAGGUUGUCAUGGGCAGUUUCAUUGCAGAAGGGAAAAAACCAAAGCCAGAGCCAUUGAAACGUGAACCCUCAUCAGCCCCACCUCAAAUGGCAGGCUUUGGGCCUGCUUUGGCAGGGAGCUCACCCUCUGAAGGGACAUCGAGUGAAUCGCCUGAUGACCCUGGCAGCCCCAUCGAUCAGAGUGGCACCUGCAACAAUUCAAGCCAGCACAUUCAGUCUGCGUAUGCAUCUGUUGGUUGGCCACAUUCUGCAAAUCAGAACAGGCAUGAUUCUGACAUGAAAAUGAUGCCCAACUAACAAACUUCAGUUUGGAAGUCUUGCUUGCUUGAAGGAGGAUAGUGUAUUUCUUAGUAGCCUUCAGAAGUUGCUUCCUUCAGAGAGAAUAUUAGGAAACAGACCUUUUCCCGUUCUCUAACUUUAUGCGGCUGAUGCUGGCAAGUUUUUAGUAGAAAUUUUCUAUUGAAAGCUGAAAUCAUGGCUUCUAAGGCCAUCUUUGUAGUUCAAAAAUAUUUGACUUGUUUUUACUUCUGCAAUAUUAAUAGAUGCAGCAUUUGGUUGUGACGAUUCUUUUUAUCUAAA